UUGGGUGCUCAUUUUACAUUGAAAAGCACUGUAAAAAAGGCUGUCGAAUUUGUAAUUUGUAGUUAUACAAAUAUAAACUGGUGAAAAAAUGAAGAAAAUAAGCCACAAGAAAGCUUAAAAUAAUAUAUUAAGUGUGAAAGAUUACGGAACAGAUAGAAAAUCUCGUCUACUGCAAACACUUUCCCCAGCAAUAGGAACAGUAGAAACCAGUUGGGAAUAGUUUGCAUUUUGUUGCGGCCAUAUUUGUGAGGCCCGAAUUCAGUUUGAUAUUCACCAGCAGGGGAGUGGAUCUAAAAGAAUCCUUCGCCGUUCAAACUGCGCAUGCCAAACGGGCUCAAAUUGUCAGAGGGAAGGAUAUUACUGAAAUCAAGAUCUAAGUACCAGAAAAGUGGAAGUGGCGUUUCUUAAAAUAAGGCAGCCUGGGAGCACACAAGCGUGUAUAAUUAAUUGGAAAUACACAAAAUCCUGAAGACAUGGACGAACAAGAGGAAGUUCAACAAAAUAUGAUUUCCAAUUUGCCGUUAUUAUUUGCUAAUGGCUAUCCAACAUCAUUGGAUAAGAUAACAGAAUCACAACUGGAAAAAUUCAUACCAUUUAUGGUCCGUUGCUCUCUUGGUCACAUAAAUUUUCAGGAAAAAACAGACUGCAGUGAACCAGAAUGGUGGCCUGAAGAUUUUCCAUUCACCAUACCUUUUACAAAGCCGAAAAAAUUUAAUGGGAAUUGGGCGCAAAAAAUGAAGGAAAUUAUUAUAAUAUGUUACCAGUUUCAUAGAAGCGUUUUUCUUCUCCGUUUCUGCAAUGAUUUGGCUGCAUAUGAGCACGCGAGUCUUCGCUUUAUAAACAAUUACAAUUCGACAACCUCACUUUUUGAACGACGAAGUAAUAAGUUGCUGGUGACUUUUAGGAAUGAAAACAUGUCGUACGAUCAACCUCAGCGCAGCCGGAAAUGUUUGAUGCGCCAAAAAUCAAAGAGUGGCAAUCAAGGCAGAGCGGAUGUCGAACAAAUUAUGGUAGAACCGGCACCAUUCGAUAUCUACCUAUGUGACAAUUGCGAUGCUGAACUGUAUUCGAAAGAAGCUAUUUUGGAACAUGAAAAGACUUGCAAUGUGGAGGACGAUGAUGACGAUGUCAUUUUAUGUGAUACACCUGAACCAGGUGAAAACAGCGUUCAGCCGACCGAUUCAAAACGAAAUACAGAGGAUAAUGAGCUACGCAAUGGAUUCCUACUUAAUUUUAACCUGCAAUGUCGCGAAGAUAGCAAAAAUGGUAAAGUUCCAGGCAAGAACGAACCGACAAGUGCGUCCAAAGACUCGAAAGAUGAGAAAAAUGGAUUCAUGAUCAUUGAUAGAAAUAAGCGUAUGCCAAGAAGAAAUCGUGCAGUACAUUCUUUGACACGUUGCCCCACAAUACCCUUGUCAUCGCCGGCAGGCCAACUUCUGCUGCGUACAACCAAAACUGCCAUGACCCCAGAAUAUUUAACAGAGCGUUUGGAACGUUUAGAACGUUUUUGCUUCGCACCAUUGCUCUCAAAAUCGCACACGAAACCAAAGUAUUUUGAGAAGAAACAUACCUUUAAUAAUACGCAUUGUACGUUUAAAAAGCCACAAGACUACAGUUCGCACGUAUACGUUUUUCCAAGACGGCAGUUUUCACAACGUAGACGUACAGAAAACUUUCUUUUCUUAAAUUCAUCAUUAAUAAGACGCUGCCGUCCAAUUUCAGUGCGGCUAAAGAAAAUCACUGAUAACGAAGUUAAAAGUCGACGCUCAUUACCAAAUACAAAAUUAAAUAUAAAACUAACACGAGAUGCUACACGGCGAUCGAAUUGGAAAAUAUCAUCACCGUCUACAGAAAUAAUUGUCGAUACAAUUGAUUUGUGUUCAUCGGAUGAGGAAGAAUGUCAUAUUAGUAGUGAUAGUAGGAAAACACAUCUUGUUGUACAAAGAGGAACUGAACCAGGAAUGGGCAUUGAAAUAAUGCGUAAGACGAUAUCUACAUUCAACAGCAAUAGUAGUAGCACCACUGCGACCACCGCUUUGGCGAAAAGUUCGCUUACACUUAGUGCUGGCGGUAGGAAAAUAAGUCUCAAUACAGCUGAGGUUUCUAUAAUUCCUAUACGUAAAUCUACGCGUAACAAUGGGCCGGCUAAAGGACCAGAUAAGCCACAAGUACGUACUACAUCAUUAGUAAAUCCUUUGCCCUCAUCUACAAGCGUAUCUGUAAAUGUUUCCUCAACAACAACACCGGCUGUUGCUGUAGCCGCAAUUACAGAUGAAAGUAGUAAAUCUUCCGCUUUUGAUAUAAAUGCACUGUUAACACCAUCAGCUGCUACACUAUUCGCUGCCCCCGAACAUGGUAUUUCACUACCCAAACCUCUUCAACCGUCAGUUUAUAUAUUUUCAAAUUAUACCGCUAACGCAUUGACCUCAGCAGUGCCAACAAAUAAUGAAAUUGCAACAGCGCCUAUAGCUGGUAAUUCCUUCAGAAAUCAGAAUCAAGAAAAUCAUGCACAAAAUGGUACCACAGCGACUUCAGGGCUUGUAGUCAAACACCAAAUAGCAAAUAAUAAUAUAACACCAACCAUAACACCAGACUGGUAUCCUGAAUUAAAUGCGUUGGCCACAAAUGCCAACACCACUUUGAGCAAUACGACGAAACAAGCGCACUUGGUGGAUCGUGAACGGGCACGAAGCCUUUCGUUAGUUUCUCCAAGUCGUGUUAUAUCAAUUGAUCUGACCUCUUAAUUCUAUAUAUGAUGAAAAAAUCUUAUUAUUAUAUUAUUAUUCGUUUAUACAAGACUAGUUUAAAUUUAUACCUUAUUUACACUUAUUGUUUAAGUGUUAAGACCUAAUCACACACUUGCAUAUUGCUUUAUUGCUUAGUUGUAUCUAAUAUAUGUUUAUACAUAUAUGAAACAACAAAAAUGGACUUAGUUUCUAAAAUAACCACUGCUCUUCUUUUAAAAUUCGCAAUAUUUAUUUAAUAUUUAUUAACCAAUAACGAAUGUAUAAAAUAAAAAACUUUAGGGAUUUCAAAAGACUAGGCAGGUUCGUUAAAAAAGAAGAAUGAUUUUCUGGAUAUUAAAAUGAGAAAUUUUUUUUUUCUAUUUAAAUACGUUGAUGAUGGUCGAUUUUUUGAAUAGUGUUAGUUUUUGUAUUGUUUUCGUACUUUCUAAAUGUUAACAAAUAAGCAUCCGAUUUCUAUUAGAACUCAAUUUUAUUUUAAGAUGUUUCCGGAGUUUUUUUUUUUUAUUACUUACUUUCCUCACAACCUGUGAGGAAAUGCUUAAUGUGGAAACCAUUUGAGAUUUUUCGAAUUGUCAAAAUAUAUUUUUCAUAUAAACAAUAAAUGUAAAUACUAGCUUUGAUCAGCUUAUUUGGGAGAUUCUAAAAAAAUGCCACUUCCAAUACGCGUUUAGGCAUGAUGGGGCGAAGUCACUAGAAAAUUAAUAGAAUUUCUGUUUUUUUUUUUCAUAUAACAAUAUAUUCAGUGAUAUGAAAAAGUGUCACUUUCCAAUGCUUUCUGACUCUAGCGAAAGUACUCUAUUGUUAUUGUCGUAAAGGCCUGCAUAACUAUGCAAUCCUUUUAUCUGGAUUGAUAAUUCGUGGGCGUAUAGCCGAAUGGGGUGGUGCGUGACUACCAUUCGGAUGUGCGUAGAUUCGAUUCUCCGUGCAUGAGACACCAAAGAGAAAAAGCUUUUUUUUAAUAGCGGUCGCCCCUCGGCAGGCAAUGGCAAACCUUCCAGUGUAUUUCUGUCAUCAAAAAGCUUCUCAUAAAAAAUAUCUGCCGUUCGUAGUCGGCUGGAAACUGUAAGUCCCUGCAUUUGUGGAACAACAUCAGCACACACAACAAAAAUAGGAGGUCGAGGUCGAGGUCGGCUAAACAUCCAAAAAAGUGUGUAAGCAACAGCCUGCCAUUGUGACACUCCGUCAUCUCUUCCUGCUACACGUUUUUCUCUUCUUAAAAAACCAAAUUCUUUCCACAGUAAAUUUUCGUCGAAAUUCCUGUAAAAAUAAAUGCAAAUUAUUUUGUUAAUCAAUCUGGAUAUCUAAAAAAACCAAGAAAAUUUCCAAAAACAACAUGGAAGCUCAACGGUGUUUUUCUAUGACACAAUUGCAAUAGCUACACUUUUUUUAAGAAUUUAAA